AUGCGCGAAAGCAUCGAACUAGAAUCGGCAAAGUUUAUGGAAGAAUUGGACCAUUUGAGAGACACGCAGGGACACCUCGUAGAAGAGGUAGAGCAUGUGUAUACUGAAAAGGUUAAUGUGAAGACAACACAGACGAAGGAGCUACGAACAAAGGAACUAAAAAGGGUCAACUUUGCCCACGUUAAGGAGACGGGACACCUAUGCGACAAAACGGCUACGAUGGAGCGUGACUUCACGGGGAGGACUGUUUGCAUGGAAAGACAAGUAGAUGAGAGACGUGAAGUAGAGAAUCUUAAUGCUUACCUCAGGGAUAUUGCAAAGGUAACAGUUGACCUUAAGCCCAAGCAUUUACACCCCUUUAUAGUGGAGGACCUAAAGGCAGUGCAAGUGGGUAUGAAAUCGCAGCAUGAUCUGAUCAAAGACACUUUUACACAAAUGCAAAACAGACAUGAACACGUCCUGCACCAAUUUGAAGAAAACUGUCAAAACUCUACAAAGGACUUGGUCAAAAUGAUCCAGGAGGAGAACCAGCGAAUGUGCAGACUGAGGGAGGAUUUGGGACUCUGUGAUGAUUUGGAGAAUAUGUGGAGGGAACGAGUCAAGGAUGAUCUCUUGGGAGAGGUUGAAGAAGGCUUGCUUACGACAGGGAUUAGAUUUCAGCUGGAGGAAACCAUCACGGCUCUUUACGCCACUGUAAGCCUUGUUAAGCUAGCCUGA